CUGAGUGCCGCCAUUUCUCCGUCAUAAACUUCCGCUCUUCUUCCUUCUAGUCCCAUUUUCCAAUGUUUAUCUCCUUUCCCUUGUAGUAUGCGACCACUGCUGCGCCUACUGUUGGAAAUUCAUGAAGGAUCCAUCUGAGUAUACUAACAGUGAGCGUGGAUCUUCUUCCAGUGAUUUUUCUGCUUGUGCGCUUUGCCGUCGCCUCUUUCCCUUCUUCGUCCUUGGGUUUCGCGAGCCUCGUCGUGGGUUGUUCUGGAAGCUUUUCACUGAUCGUCCCCAUGGUUCUUCAAGGUAUGGGGUUAUGCGCUGGUGCGUGGUUCACGUACGUUUGGCAGUUUCGAGUAGUGGUGUUGACUUGUAGAGUUUGAACUUCGUUGUGGGUAGUAGGGUGGAACGUGGAUCGGUUGGGGAUGUGUUUGAACGCCAUGUGUCAGAGAGGCCACGCUCCCUCCGCCUUCUCCCUCCGCCACCCCACGGGGAAAUCCUUCAAAUCCUUCUCACAACAAUUUCAGCUGUUACUUACUUCUUCCGAACGGCUACCACAUAGUAUCAGCACUACUAGGUAGCUUGCCCAGGGCCAUUACCACUGAACUCGGGGACACUAAGCAAGUAACCAGCUUCAUUAUCUGAUCAUGAUCAUAUCACACCUACACAGACCUCGGGAAUAUGUGAAAGGGAUAUCGAGGGGCAUUAUCAAUGACGACCUCCGGCGUACUUCCUUACAGCUCGUUACGGUUCAUCCAUUACUCUCACAUUCGGCAGCAUGUCCUGUCAGAUCGCGAUAUUGCUUUUCGACGUCACUGGCUUUUCAACACGUUACAACACUUUAAAGUUUCAAGGUUGAUUGAACUUACUCGCCAACUGGUGGCGUGUAGAUUCUGACCGGCGAUUCGCCGUCAUGUUUCUAAGCGCCGGACGCGAUACUUAUAGAGGCCAGGAGGUGUAUCAAUCUACACAGACAUCCUCUCUGAAGCUGGUCUCUCUAUCAUGCGUACCACUACAGUUAUUUCUCUCUCGUUCGUCGCAGUCGCCGCUGCGUCUCCAUACCAACUUCAAACUUCUGCUCCUACCUGGCGAUUCGCUGGAAAGCAAGGAUGUAUAUCCGCGCCUUCCAACACCGCCGGGACCCCCGUCGUUAUUCACGAUUGCAAUACUGAAGAUGUUGCCAACCAUUCCUGGGAUUUAUUCCUCCCUACCAGGCAAGAUGAACAACCCCAACAGAUCAAGGUUUUUAAUAACAAGUGCUUGGACGUCGUGGGGGGCGCCAACACGGACGGAGCCAAAAUUCAAAUCUGGGAUUGCGUCGCCGGAAACACUAACCAACUGUGGACUGUCACCAGAGGCGGCCAUCUUCAAUGGACCGGCACCAACAAAUGUGUCGACCUCCCCAGUGGGUCUGUCACCGACGGAACUCAACUCCAGAUCUGGACGUGUGUCGAUGGGAACACGAACCAACAGUGGUACGGGUAUAAUGUUCCCAAUAACGAAGUUGUUUGGGAAAGAGUCGUUGGUGGCCCUCCUGAUCCUAGUACCCCCCUUAUGUGCAUGGUGGCCGAAUCUAACAAAGACGGCGCAGCUGUCUCCCUCGCCCUCUGCGACCACAUCACAAAUACUUUCCUAGCCGGUAACCAAACCUGGGUUCUCCCCGUCCUCCCCUUGACGGGUCCUAUUAAGACUUACGGAGGAUCCAAAUGCCUCGACGUUCGUGGUGGAAGCGAUGCCAACGGGACGCCUCUACAGAUCUGGCCUUGCGUUAAGGGAAGUACGAGCCAGCAAUGGGCUCUUAUGUAUUCUUCAAGUGUGAUAUCUUGGGUUGGGAAGAAUAAGUGUGUUGAUAUCACGAAUGGGAAUUUGACUGCUGGGAAUCAUCUCCAAAUCUGGGAUUGUAACCCGGACAACUCUAAUCAAUGGUGGUACUAA